AUGGAGCUUGUACUUACCGGGCUAAAUGGAGAUGCCUGUCUGGUCUACUUGGACGACAUCAUCAUCGUUGGCCGUACGUUUGAGGAACACCUUCAAAACCUGCAACGCGUGCUCAUGAAGAUCCAGAGUGCCAACCUCAAGUUGAGUCCGAAGAAGUGCUCCCUAUUCAAACGGCAACUUAGCAUUUUGAGGUAUGUAGUGUCGGAAGAAGGUAUCCGCACGGAUCCAGAGAAAAUUGCCACUGUCAAGGAUUGGCCGGUUCUAAAAGAUAAGACACAGGAGCUCAAGAACCGUCUGUGCAAAACACCUAUUUUGGAGUACCCUAAUGCAGGCAAGGAAUUUAUAGUUGACACAGACGCAAGUGAUUUAGUACUUGGCGGUGUGUUAUCUCAACGGAAUGGUGAUCAAAAGAUUGUGAUAGCGAACUCCAGCAAGUCGUUGUCAAAGCCGAAAAGGAACUAUUGUGCCGCAAGACAGGAAUUGCUUGCUGUGGUAAAGUUCUUGCAGCAUUUUAGCAAAUAUCUUAUGGGGCGGAAAUUCCACUUACGAACUGACCAUGCUGCACUGAAAUGGCUAUUGCAGUUCUAA